AUGGUAUUCAAGUCAUUCUAUAUAGAAAAGGGAGAAGAACAAGGUGAGAAGAACAAGGCUUUUGGGGAAAAGAAACAAAUUGCAAGGGCUACUUGAAGUGUUGGAACACCUUCAGCAGCCAAAAGAUAAAAAUAAUGACGAUUUUAAAGGGUAUAAUAGAUUUGAUGUUGCCUGUGAAAUCUUUUUUGGGCAUCAAACAGGCCAUGUGGAUAAAACGACGUUUAGAGACGUGCUUCUACACCCUGAACAUGGUCUAUCUGUGUAUAUUGUAGAUGUGCCCAUUUCUACCCAUUGUACAAGCAAGUUCAUCAUCCUUAAAUCUCAAACCUUUGACUUUCCUAAUUUCUUGGACCAGAUUCGGAAAGAUAAGAAAGAGGAGGCUGACACUUCAGCUACGCACCACAGGUUGUUGAUGGGAAAGCACGAACUGAUGUCUAUAAUUAACACUAUGGACACGGAAUGGGACAAAACAUGUGCUAAAGUAUUGGGUGGUGCAAAUAAAUCCAUAGAAGAGAUUACUAGAUUAGAGCUCUUGGAUUUGAUCCAGCAUGAUACAAUGCUCACAUCUGUCAAGCAUGUAAAAUCAGUAAAUUUGGUCUCAGACCUCAGAUUAGACGAAGCGCAAAUCAAGGAAUUCAAGAUGGCGACAGCAAAGCGUGCUAGGCAUGAGAAAGGAUUUUAUAGAAGCGUAGAGCGUGGUACAGCAAUAAAAGCGGAGCGAAUACGGCCAAAACAAGAAAAAGUUAAGAAGGACAAGCUGUAUCCUAUUGAAGUAAGUACAUGUCCUAAUUUCGUUUACAGUGAAGUUUCGUUGCAUUCUCAUCUGAAUAUAAAUAUCCACAUUUCCUAAAUACUAUAUUAACUUGUUUUUAUAGAUUAUUGACAGAGACAAGUGUUCCAAUAAAGUAAAAAUCCAUUACACUGGAUACUCUAGUGAGUUUGAUGAGUGGAGAGAUGCUACUGAAGUAUCUAAUGGCGAACAAUCUAGGAAGUUUGGCCGUUUAACACAACGCUUUGAGCCAAGUGUUAACUCUGCCAGAUAG